AUGCCAGUGCACCGUGACCGGGAGAAGAAGGAGAGUACAGCAGAAGAGAUGGAGGUAGAAGAUCACGACCAGGAGGCGACCAGUUCAGAGGAGGAGGAUUCUGACACCUCCUCUGUCUCUGAGGAUGGAGACAGCUCAGAAAUGGACGAGGAGGACUGUGAGCGGAGGAGAGUGGAGUGUCUGGAUGAAAUGUCCAACCUGGAGAAACAGUUCACUGAUCUCAAAGACCAGCUGUAUCGUGAGCGUCUCAGUCAAGUGAAUAGUAAGUUAACAGAAGUGGAGGCUGGUCGGGCAGCAGAAUAUCUGGAUCCUCUGGCUGUGCUGCUGGAGAACAUGCAAGUUCGCACCAAAGUGGCAGGUAUCUACAGAGAGUUAUGUUUGGAGUCUGUAAAGAACAAGUAUCAGUGUGAGAUCCAGGCAGCAUGCCAGCACUGGGAGAGUGAGAAGCUGCUGCUGUUUGAUACAGUGCAGAGUGAACUGGAGGAGAAGAUCAGGAGGCUGGAGGAGGACAGACAAAGCAUAGACAUCACAUCGGAACUGUGGAACGAUGAGUUGUCCGGGAGGAAGAAGAGGAGAGACGCUUUAAGUCCAGACAAGAAGAGGAGAAGACCGUCUGUGGUGUCUGGCCCAUAUAUUGUUUAUAUGCUCCCUGACUUGGACAUCCUGGAGGACUGGACAGCCAUCAGGAAGGCUGUGGCUACACUGGGGCCCCACCGAGGGAAAGCCGACUCUGACAGCUCUGCGUUCCCGUUCCGACAGGAUAGAAACAGACCCAUACUCAACUGCUGAGACACACACACACAAACACACACACACACAUGCACAAUCACACAUUAGGAAAGAAACCAAAAUGCACAGAUAUCUGUCCGAAUCCUCCCAGAAUCCACUACGCUGCUCGGUGAACAGAGACACCAGUCUGGAAGCUGCAAAAAGGACUCAGUGGUUUGAAUGAAUCCCCCUUAAAUGACAGACAGAGUGGUUAAGUGUUAACAAAUAUGACACCACACGAAGAAGGAGAUGCGAUGUUUGACAUGAGUUUUUAAAAGAUUUGUUUUUUCGAGCUCUAAAAUGAAAGGACUUGCCAAACGCUCCAUGUCUGUGAAGGGUUCAAUCUCACACACACACACACAAAUGUCUGUGUGUGUGUGUGUGCCCUGGUGGACAUGGCUGGAGAACAAAAUCAGGGUUCUUGAACAUGCUAACGGCUUACACAAAGGCUUCUUUUAAAAAAGCUGUGAACCAUGUUUACACGUCUACAACAACAGAGUUUUUCAAAGUAUUUUUUCAGUUCUUGAACAGGUCAGCCCAACUGGACAGUUCAGGGGUUGAAGGAAAAACUGAUUUUAGCCACUUCACAAAAGACUUCUACGAUGUUCACGUCUUUAUGUCACGGUGAGGCAGACUUUUCCAACAGGAAACUGAAGUAUGUAAACCACUCACUCUCUCACACCAAACCCCAUAGAGAAAAUCAGUGAUUUUAACAUCACAGCACACAAGAGUUCCAGAUCCACUGCUGCCUCCAUCACAAAGUUCAAAUGUCUUCAACGUUUGAAAUCCUUUGUUCAGAUUUACCUCAGUGACAUAAACUGACCACACGGGGCAGCAGAGGACCAGGAGUUCCAGUGUCUCCGCAAGCUAAAAUCACUGAUUUUCUCUAUGGAAUUUGGUGUGGGAGAGUGAGCAGUUUACAAACUCCAGUUUCUACCUCCCACAAUCUGAUUGAGUAAUCUAUGACAAUGUUAACAUCCUUACAAAUUAAGACCUAGGUUUACGUGGUUUUUUAGUCUACAUUCUGUUGCCAAGUCAUACAUAUUUUUAUUUUUUUACAAUAAACUCCAUCAUUCUGUAUGGAGACUUUGUAAUCACUCACUGUUCAAACUUGCAGUGCUGGUGCAUUUAAGGUCUUUUUUUAUAUCCUGUCAAAGUCCCUGGCACCAUCACUUAAGGAAUUAAGGAUUUAAAUCUCAGGCGUAGCAGAUUAUCAACAAAGUUUCCAUUGACAUUUAAGGAAAUGAGGAAAUACUGGUUCAUACAUGAACCUGGUCCAUUGUGGCCUUAUAGGUACAAUUUGUGUACCUAUAUAUAUUUUUUAAGUGUCAGUUUAUGUAUUGUUUGAGACUGUUGAGUAAUUUCGUAUUUUGAAUAGUUUGGUGAUUCUAUGUCAGUUUAAAGACAGCGGUGCCUCCAUCUGACGUGUCGUUCAGUCACAUUUCACUAUAAUGUUCUUCAGGUGUUUCUCACACAUUUUUUUAAGCUUUAACGCUCCGUUUACCAAUCCCCAGUCAGUCAUUUUACACCACCACCACCUGUGUUGGUAAUAUAAUAAUAUGUUUCACUUGAAUGUAGGGCAGAACCAGCAACAGCGUCCAGUAUUUCUUCAAAAAAUAAGAUUUUUUAUAUAUACACGAUACUUCCAAUAGGCUUAAAUGUUUCUGAAUACACACAAUCAUUAUAAGGAAGAGUUGGGGUAAAAUAUAGUGUCAAAUACUAUGGUGUUACUUCAGUUAUUUACGAGGUGUUAUUCCAGUGUCAUUCUGCUCAUUGCUCAUCUACCUCUACACAUUCUCUCCGUCACACACACACCUUCUUCUUCAUGACCACGUUUCUAUUUCAGAUUUCAUGGCUGUGAUUUGUGCAGAUUUGUUUUGAGUUGAGUGUAAACUGUAAUCAUACUCUUCCACUGGAUCCUUACAAACUCAAUCUGGCUUCUUUAUGACAGUGUGAUGAACAAAUCUUUGACAGUUUAUGUUAUGUAUUAGAUAUGUUUGCCUGUUGUUUUUGUUCAUGAAGUUGAUGGGUUUUUACAAAUAAACAUUGUAUAUUUGCUUAGUGGCAUCUGUUUAUAAUA